AAAAAUGGAAAUCAAAAUUAUACUUAAACACGGCAGUUCAGCGGAACGAACAAAGUAAAUGCACGCGCAAAUAAAAACGCGCGCGUAAAUCCAAACGCCCGUUCCACGUCAAUUCACGGCUUUGUAAUAAGAAUUUUUGUGUAACAUCUUUACAUUUAGGCGUAUGAAUGGCCUAGAAUUGGGUUCUGCGUGUUUUGGGGCCUCACUCUCUAAACGUUUAAAACUUUUAACAUUAUUCAUGCAUUUUUUCUUUCCCCUCUGUCCAGGAAUAUCAAUUCUAAUGAUUCUCGGAUCUCCUAUAAGUAUUUUCGUUUGAAGAAGAAACGUUUGAGAGAUCUCUGAGGAAUAUGAAUUCUAAUGAUUCUCGGAUCUCCUAUAAGGAGGAAUCAGUAUUUUCGUUUGAAGAAGAAACGUUUGAGAGAUCUCUGAGUGCUGGUAGUGUCCAGUGUUCAUUUGAUUACGUAAACGCGUCUCAAAUCUCGGAGUAUUCUGAGUUUUUACGCUUCUUUGACAUGGAGUAUUCCUGGGAUUGUGGAAACCAACAUUCUGCCGGUGAACUCUUCCAAAUCUCACAAUCGUCUCAACAAAUGCUUCAAUCUUGCUCAUCUGCAGUUCCAGAUAGCACAAAUGAAAGCAUCUAUGACGUGAAGAGAAAGCGUAACAUUUUGAAAGAAAAACUCAUCAAGUGGAAAAUCAUGAAAGAAAGCCAAGUCAAACCUUCCCAACCUUCAAAUGUGCCACGCGUCACUAGAGUUGUCGAUGGGGAAAACCUUGUUGAAGUUUGCAAGUCAAAAGGUGUGACAUACUACUAUAUCGAAAAUGGCUUGAUUGGCGAAGGUGGAUUUGGUGGAGUUUUCAAGGGUUAUGCCAUAAAAGGAACCAAAAAAACACCGGUCGCCCUGAAAUUUAUAGAUUAUAAAACGGUUCGUGAGUAUCGCAAGGAUAAAGACCUCGGUGAUGUACCAAGUGAAGUGUAUUUCCUGAAGAAGAUGAAAGAUCAUCCAAAUGUCAUCAAGUUCUAUCAUUAUCAGUUUUUAUCAUCUGAGGAAUUUGUGAUCAUUUGCGAAAGACCGACUCAUUGCAAAGAUCUCCGAAGCCUCAUGUGGGACGUUGGAGGUUUCUUCACCGAGGAUGAAACUCAACAAUGCAUGAAGAAGUUGGUCAACGUUGUAUUGGCGAUGUCCAAGAAGAACAUCGUUCAUCGUGAUCUGAAAUUGGAGAACAUCCUUUAUGAUUUUGAUACUGGUGAAAUCAAGUUGCUUGAUUUUGGAUUUGCAGGCUAUAAUAAACCUGGCAACCUAGUUGACGCUUUCUGUGGCACUCCAUACAAUAUGCCUCCAGAAUACAUUCUGCAUGAAUUGUAUGAUCCUUGCAAGGAAGCUGUGCGGUCUAUUGGAGUCAUGAUAUAUGAAAUGUUGCACGGCGAACCAGCUUUUACGGAUUACACAACAUUUGCAGAUGUUAUAUCAGGACCGCCAAAACUGGAUGAUUUAUCUGAAGAUUUGCAAGACCUAAUGAGAAAAUUAUUUAGCAUGGACCCAGCGGCCCGACCAAGUAUAAAAAAAGUUGCAAAGCACUCCUG